AGUAAGUUUAAUCUUAAAAUGUUCAGCCUAAGUCCCGUAAGCCAUUAUUAAAUGAUGUUAUUUUUUUUCCAGCAUAUACUUUUUAUUACUGCUGUGGUGUGGUCUACAACUAACUGUGAGCCGCCGGUAAACAGCUAUCUACCUCCUACCUCUAGAAAUAGUGGUAGACCAUCUGCUCAAUAUGGACCUCCAGGUACUAAUGAACGUACUUCGUUUAAUCAACCGGAACAGGGUAGAAAUCGGAAUCAACCUGAAGAUUCAUACUUUCCACCCGGUCAGGGAGGACCAUCAAAUACUUUAGACACCCAAUAUGGUCCCCCACGAGGCCAAGGCUUACAACAAGGAUCUAGAGGAUUCUCACAAUCUGAAUCGCGGUCGCUAUCUCAAGGUGGACCUCAAAGAAACAACGCGCCUAACACACAAUAUGGAGUACCUGAGCAGAGAAAUGGGCCAGAACGAAGACCGGCUCAGUCACCAUUUAGUGAAUCGAAUAACAGAAGGCCAACCGCCGGGUCUGCCAAUAAUGACUUCAAUGGACCAUCUAAUAAUAGAGAUAACAGUUUUGGUCCACGAGGCUCAGAAUUUAGUCCCAGACCAGAGAGUUCUUAUGGACCUCCACCAAGUGGAAAUUACAUGUCCCCAAAUAAUGAAAAACAAUUAACUCGCGGGCCACAAACUGGGGAUGUUUCUUCAUACUCUGUACCAAAUGAAGAACCCGAUAGUUUUAGCGGAAAACAAUCACUUAGAGGUCCACCUUCAUCAUCAUACGGUACUCCUAAUUUUGGAUCUAAUACCGGUGGCAGAGGAUCAGGUAACCAGAGAGGAUCGAACUUCGGCAAUGACGAAUCUGAUGAACCAGCUAAAUACGAGUUUAAUUAUGAAGUCGACGAUGCCCAGACAGGUACUAAAUUUGGUCAUUCAGAACAACGUGACGGAGACACCGCCACCGGCGAAUAUAACGUAGAACUGCCUGAUGGUAGGAAACAGAUUGUUGAAUACGAGGCCGGUCUGCAAGGAUAUAAGCCUCAAAUACGAUAUGAGGGUGGCGGAAGCAGUUCUAGCUUGCGUUCGGGUUCUGGCAAUAGAGCAUCCCAACCUGAUGAUCAAGGAUAUCAGCGAGGUGGUCCAGGAUCUAGUUAUCCAGAAAACGAUAACUCUGGUUUUUCCCAAGAAACACAGCAAAGUGGAAGGCCUGGAAAAUAUCAACAAGCUUCACAGGGCGGAUUGGGAUUAACUGACCAAGAUUUUAUGGGAUACUCAAGGACCAGGCCUGGAGACAAUGGAUUAGGUGAUUUCCCGGGAUCUGGACAGAAAAGGUUUGAGAAUGAGCCAGAAUACGCAACAGGUAAUAAUAAUAGACUGGAAACGCUUAAUGGCGGGCCACAAAAUGAAGGUUAUAAAUCAGACGAUGGAAGAGGCAGCGGUAGAGAUACGGGUUACCCGAAAGGCGGCCCAGAAAGUACCAAUGAGGGAUAUCCACGAGGUCGUCCAGAGAAUGGUGCAAGUCGUAGCCGAAAUGGACCCCAAAGUAGUAAUAGAAACUAUCCGCAAAGUAAUAAUAACGGUAAUAAUCAGAGAGGUGGUAAUGGUUACCCAACCGGCGGCCCUCAAGGUCAAGUUGGUGGCGAAGAGGGAUAUCCCAGCGGUACACCAAAUGGGCCCCGAGGAUCUGGAUACUGAUAUUCAAGAGUGUAAACAUGAAUGAAUCUUCACUUGACGAAUUGUAUAAAAUAAUGGACAUUGAUAUUGUAAAUAAAAUAAAUAAUCAUAAAACAUGUUUUAACUUAUUUAUAAUUAACAGUAAAAUGUAUUGCUCUUGUCUAAUUUGUUCCAACAAUAGUACUUAUUAAAAAAUUAACAAUUUCCUAUUAAGUAGUAAAAUUACAUUAAAAUAAUUAAAAAUGCUACUAGUACUGUUAAUACUCAUAUAUUCGAAAUUUUAUUGUGUUUAAAUAUGAAAGCAACAUAUGGAUUAUGAUCGCAUAAGAAAUCAAAUGUGAAAUUUCGAAAGAAGACUUCUCACAAAAAGAUGUCCUUUUGAGUUUGCGUGCAUUGGAGAGGCCUAUGUCCACCAGUGAACAGCGGUGAGCUUAUGAUGACGAUAAACGCCCAUCAUUACAUAUGUAUAUAUAGUACAAAACAAAGUCGCUGUCGCUGUCUGUCCGUCCCUAUGUAUGCUUAAAUCUUUAAAAUUACGCAAGGGAUUUCGAAGCUGUUUUUUUAAUUGAUAUAGUGAUUCAAGAGGAAGGCGUAUGAAUGUACAAUACUUGUACACCCGGGCGAAGCCGGGGCGAGUAACUAGUAAGAUAUAUUACAUUAUUCCUAUUACAGAAUGCAUGUGCAAUGCCACAAUAAAUUGCUACUUUUUACCUAUCAAUUACAAUAUGUAGCACCAAGAAAUUACUAGUAUUUUAAGUAAAACAAUACAAUAAAUGCCAUUUUUAUAACUGCUAGUUCUGAUAGUUUGGUCCUCAAUUAAUAUAUUUAAUGAAAAUGAUUAUAAAAGUGUAAUUAUUAUAAAUAAUACCAGUGACAAGGUGUAUGACAACUGUGUCCUGAAUGAAUUUGCCGAUGUUGCAGAU